AUGGCCAUCGCGCCCGAGCCGUUCCCCGUCGUCGCCUCGCCGUACACGGCCGCCCGACCGCGCCUUGCGCCGUGCAUGCUUGCCCCCGACGCCCCUCUGCACCCGCCAGCCCCUGCUCUCGCCGUGUCACCGCCUUCUGCUUCCUUGGCCGCACCCGCUGGCGACCACCCGUCUGAGGCCGCCAUCAGCCAUGGCUAUGGCCUCGCGCCGACUGCCGUGGCCUCCCCUGCCUGCCUCGACUCAUUGGCCGGUGCCCGCUGGAGCCGUCCCAUGCCCGCGGACUCCCCUUUGCUCGCCCGCUGCGUCAGGCGGGCCCCACCGUCGCCGGUGACCUCGCCUCGCACCGGGCGGGUUGCGCCUCAGCGCCUGGUACCCGCACACCUGCACCCAGCGCCCACAAACCCACUAGGCUCCCCUAUGGGCCAAUGA